AUGAACGGAGAAAGAAGAGGAUCUGCUCCACCCGAAUCAGGGGUAGAGAUGCGAGUAGUGGUGUCGUUACUGGCGGGUGGCGCGCGGGGAGCCGAGUCUCCUUCGCAGGCCAACCAGGACACCGUGGACAACGCCACACCCACCUGCUGGUGGGCGGCGUGGUCGGCGAUGGGGUGUUUCGGCUCACCGGGCGGCAAGAGCAGCGAAGGCGAUGACCUCAAAUCGCAGAAACGGCGCAGCGACGCGAUCACACGGCAGCUGCAGAAGGACAAGCAGCUGUACCGGGCGACGCAUCGGCUGCUGCUACUCGGCGCCGGCGAGUCCGGCAAGUCGACGAUCGUGAAGCAGAUGCGGAUACUGCACGUGAACGGCUUCUCAGACAAGGAGCGCCGCGAGAAGAUUGAGGACAUCAAGAAGAACAUACGCGACGCGAUACUUACAAUCACUGGGGCGAUGAGCACGCUGACGCCGCCGAUACCUCUCGAGAAGCCGGAGAACAAAGCGCGCGUCGACUAUAUACAGGACGUCGCUUCGCAGCCGGACUUCGACUACCCGUCUGAGUUCUACGAGCACACGGAGGCGCUCUGGAAGGACAUGGGCGUGCAGCGCACGUACGAGCGCAGCAACGAAUAUCAGCUCAUCGACUGCGCCAAGUACUUCCUGGACCAGGUGCACGUGAUAAAGCAGCCGGACUACACGCCGACGGAGCAGGACAUCCUGCGCUGCAGAGUGCUCACUUCCGGCAUCUUCGAGACGCAGUUCGUCGUCGACAAAGUCAAUUUCCACAUGUUCGACGUGGGUGGCCAAAGGGACGAGCGGCGCAAGUGGAUCCAGUGCUUCAACGACGUGACCGCCAUCAUCUUCGUCACCGCCUGCUCCUCCUACAACAUGGUGCUCCGCGAGGACCCCACCCAGAACCGCCUGCGGGAGUCCUUGGACCUCUUCAAAAGCAUAUGGAACAACAGGUGGCUGCGCACGAUAUCGGUGAUCCUGUUCCUGAACAAGCAGGACCUGCUGGCGGAGAAGGUGCUCGCGGGCAAGUCGCGGCUCGAGGAGUACUUCGCGGAGUUCGCGCGCUACCAGACGCCGCCCGACGCCGCGCCGGACGCGCGCGACCACCCCGACGUGGCGCGCGCCAAGUACUUCAUCCGCGACGAGUUCCUCCGCAUCAGCACCGCCAGCGGCGAGGGCAAGCACUACUGCUACCCUCACUUCACUACGAGCUGCUCUAACCGGCGCACGCCGCCGCCAAAGUCAACGCCAAGAGCAGACAGGGACGGAGCGAGCGCCGCCGCCGCGCGCUCCCGCCCCGCCCGUCGAAUGACACCCGCGUACGAAAACGGCACAGCAAUAGCAACUACGAAACGGAUCUUAUCACACUCGUUUGCGCCGAAUGUACGCGCGCUACGUUCUCAUAGCGCGCGCCAAUGUGAUUUAUCUCGGACCCCCUCCCCCACCAUCUCCCCCCCGCCCCAUCUCCCCACUCUCAUUAUUCAAACACCCCUCCGCCUGCCACGUGUCGUUCGCAUGGUGUUUCCGAACGGCGCCCGCCCCCAUACUAAACGAUCGCGCGGUUCGGAUACUCGCCCCGGCACACUCGGAUCUAUGAUGGAUUUGUUGUUUUUGUUUUUUAUUCAACUGCCGCGCGCACCCCGACGUUUA